UGUGGCUGGCGUGUGUGUGGGAAAUGUGAAGACCCUGCCCUGCUCUGUCUUCUGGGGUGGGGUGGGGGGGCAAGAAAGAAGUUCUCACCUCCCCACCCCCUGGAGCCUCCUGGCUGCUCUGAGCAGGGUGGGGGGAGGAUUCUGCUUCUCUAGCCCUCCUCCCCCAUAACUAGUGGGAUUGUGGCUGGGACAGCAGAUGCUGAGUGGGCAACUUUUGUUGUUCCAGAUGCUGGUGACUUUCGAGGAGGUGGCUGUGUAUUUCACCAAGAGGCAGGGAGCUCUGCUGGACCCCGCUCAGAGAGCCCUCUACAGGAACGUCAUGCAGGAGAACUAUGAGAUCGUGACCUCGCUGGGAUUCCCCCUUCCCAAACCUGACCUGAUCACCCAACUGGAACGAGGGGAAGAACCGUGGGUGCCCGAUCUCCAGGCCGGUGAGGAAAGAGAGAUCCCAAGAGUCACCCACACAGCAGGUGAUGAGAGAAUGAGUGAAAAGGAGGAGGGGAAUCAACAGCAGGAGGUUCCUGGACACAGGGAAUCACAGGGGACCUUUGUGGGAAAACCUCAUAAGUGCUUAAACUGUGGAAAAAGUUUCAUAUGGAGGUCACAACUUGUUUUACAUCAUCGAAUCCACACAGGAGAGAGACCCCACAAGUGCUUAGACUGUGGAAAAAGUUUCAUACGGAGGUCAAACCUUCUUAUACAUCAGGCAAUCCACACAGGAGAGAGACCCCAUAAGUGCUUAGACUGUGGAAAAACUUUCGUUCGGAGGUCACACCUUGUUAGACAUCAGGCAAUCCACACAGGAGAGAGACGCCAUAAGUGCUUAGACUGUGGAAAAAGUUUCAUACGGAGGUCCCAUCUUGUUAGACAUCAGGCAAUCCACACAGGAGAAAGACCCCAUAAGUGCUUAGAGUGUGGGAGAAGUUUCAUACGGAGGUCACAUCUUGUUUUACAUCAGGAACGCCACACUGGAGGGAGACCCCAUAAGUGCUUAGACUGUGGGAAAAGUUUCAUACAGAGGUCAACCCUACUUAAUCAUCAGGCAAUCCACACAGGAGAGAGACCUCAUAAGUGCUUAGACUGUGGGAAAAGUUUCAUACGGAGGUCACACCUUGUUAGACAUCAGGCAAUCCACACAGGAGAGAGACCCCAUAAGUGCUUAGACUGUGGGAGAAGUUUCAUACGGAGGUCACACCUUGUUUUACAUCAGGAACGCCACACUGGAGAGAGACCCCAUAAGUGCUUAAUCUGUGGGAAAUGUUUCAUAUGGAAGUUAGACCAUGUUAAACAUCAAGCAAUCCAUACUGAAGAGAGACCCCACAAGUGCUUACUCUGUGGGAAAAGCUUCAUACUUAGAUCAUACCUUGUUUUACAUCAUCGAAUCCACACAGGAGAGAGACCCCAUAAGUGCUUAGACUGUGGGAAAAAUUUCAUACGGAGGUCAACGCUACUUAGUCAUCAGGCAAUCCACACAGGAGAGAGACCUCAUAAGUGCUUAGACUGUGGGAAAAGUUUCAUACGGAGGUCACACCUUGUUAGACAUCAGGCAAUCCACAAAGGAGAGAGACCCUAUAAGUGCUUAGACUGUGGGAGAAGUUUCACACGGAGGUCAGACCUUGUUAUACAUCAAGCAGUCCACACUGGAGAGAGACCCUAUAAGUGCUUAGACUGUGGGAAAAGUUUCAUACGGAGGUCAGACCUUGUUAAACAUCAAGCAGUCCACACUGGAGAGAGACCUCAUAAGUGCUUAGAUUGUGGAAAAAGUUUUAUACACCGAUCAAGCCUACUUGAUCAUCAGGCAAUCCACACUGGAGAGAGACCCCAUAAGUGCUUAAUCUGUGGAAAAAGUUUCAUACGGAGGUCAGACCUUGUUAAACAUCAAGCAGUUCACACUGGAGAGAGACCUCAUAAAUGCUUAGAUUGUGGAAAAAGUUUCAUACAGCGAUCAGUCCUACUUGAUCAUCAGGCAAUCCACACUGGAGAGAGACCCCAUAAGUGCUUAAUCUGUGGAAAAAGUUUCAUACAGAGUUCAGGCCUUGCUAAACAUCAGAUAAUCCACACAGGAAGGAAAUCCCAUAAAUGUUUGGACUGUGGGAAAAAUUUCACACAAAGGUCAAAUCUUAUGGCACAUCAGGCAAUCCACACAGGAGAGAGUCCCUACAAAUGCUUAGACUGUGGGAAAAGUUUCAUACAGAGGUCCUGCCUUGUUAGACAUCAGGCAAUCCACACUGGAGAGAGAGCCCAUAAGUGCUUAGACUGUGGGAAAAGUUUCAUACAGAGGUCCCACCUUGUUAAACAUCAAGCAAUCCAUACAAGAGGGAGACCAUAACACUCUUGGAAAGGUUUCAGAAACAGAUUAGCC